UUCAAGUGGCAAGAAGCAACAGUGCGGGAGAGGUACUCAAAACCAUGUCGCUCUCCACAAUUUUAUUGGCCAUUUUAUUGGCUAUUGCGGCCUAUUUGGUGUUGGCGUUGCGUAAAAAGUUCUCCUAUUGGCAGCAGAGAGGCAUAGCUUGUGAGCAGCCAAAUCCGUUCUAUGGCAACAUGGAGGGACUUAAUCGGACCCGCAGUUUUCUCGACAUUACCCAUGAGUAUUAUGAGAAAUUUAAGGGUUCAGGACCCUUUGCUGGCUUCUAUUUCGGCUUUCGUCCCGCUGUCUUCGUUUUGGACCCUGCGUUGAUAAAAAAUAUUUUGAUACGGGAUUUCCAUAAAUUUACCGAUCGUGGAUUCUAUCACAACGAAAAGGAUGAUCCGCUGACGGGUCAGCUGUUUUUGAUUGAUGGCCAGAAAUGGAAGGUAAUGAGGAACAAGUUGUCGCCCACUUUCACUUCGGGGAAGAUGAAAUUCAUGUUUCCCAUAAUCACGGGAAUUUGUGAGCAAUUUAUUGAGGUUCUGGGAAAUGUCGGCGAAAAUCCCGCGGUGGAGGUCAAAGACACUUUGGCCCGUUUUACCACCGAUGUCAUUGGAUCCUGUGCCUUUGGCAUUGAUUGCUGCAGCUUGAAGGAUCCCAAUGCCGAAUUUCGGGUAAUGGGCAAGAAGGGCCUCACAGAGCAGAGACAUGGUCUCCUGGUAAUGGCAUUUAUGCAAAGCUUCCCCGAAUUGGCCGCCAAAAUGGGCCUGAAAUUGUUUACCCAAGAUGUCAUCGAUUUCUUUAUGCGCAUUGUCCGCGAAACCGUGGAAUAUCGGGAAAAGAAUAAUGUACGAAGAAAUGAUUUCAUGGAUAUGCUAAUUGAUUUGAAGAACCAGAAGUUGAUUAAGUCGGAACAUGGUGAGGAUUUGACCAACCUUACCAUGGAGGAGAUAACUGGCCAGGCCUUUGUGUUUUUCAAUGCCGGUUUUGAUACCUCCUCGACGACAAUGUGUUUUGCCCUCUACGAACUGGCCCUACAUCAGGAUGUACAGGAAAAGGCCAGGCGGGAGGUUACGAAAAUGUUCGAGAGCCACAACAAUGAGUUCUGCUAUGAGGGCAUGAAGGAGAUGCCAUAUUUGGAGCAAAUUAUUGCGGAAACCCUCCGCCUCUACACCGUUGCUCCCAUGUUGAAUCGCCAGGCGCUGGAGGACUAUGCGGUGCCCGAUAAUCCCAAAUAUGUCAUCAAAAAAGGCAUGCCCGUCUUGAUACCCAUCUCGGCCAUACAUCGCGAUGAACAAUACUAUGCCAAUCCGAAUGAAUUCAAUCCGGAUAACUUCAGUCCAGAGGCUGUGGCCAGCCGAGAUUCCAUCCUCUACAUGCCCUUUGGUGAGGGGCCACGCAACUGCAUUGGCAUGUGUUUUGGCAAAAUGUAAGCCACUGUGGGCUUGGCAUACCUUUUGAAACAUUUCAAAUUUUCCACCUGCCCCGAGACACUAAUGCCCAUGAAAUUCAAUAAGAAAGUGAUGUUGGUUAGCCCUGAAAAGGGUGUUGUUUUGAGGGUGACAAAAAUAUAGGAACUACAUGAAAAUAAUUUAAAAAGAAUAAAAUAAAAAAAAUGCUACUA